AGUAGUGCCCCUCUCCACAGCAGCCUACCCUUUUGUCCCAUUCCAAGAUGUUUCAUAGGUGGAGAGGAACUUCCAGCUGUUGAGCGGCACAGGCAGGUCUUUCUGUUACCAGAGGUCUGCCUGAAAAGCUUGAAUUGUCAGAUCCUUAUUGUAAACAGCAUACAGUCUUUGUUGGGGCGGGGGAGGAUGGAACUCCUUUCCCCAUCUUUUAUGAAAAUAAUCUUAAGUGCUCUGAUGCCUUUACUCAAAGACUUCCUGAAGCCAGCCUUGGUGACUGUGCCUCACCCUGCCAUGUGUUCUGGGCCCCAUGUGGGGAGAGCAGCCCUCGGUUGCCCAGAGCAUCAUGGAAGCAAACCCCUCCUUUUCCCCACCACUCCACUCUACCUGCUGGUUGGUGCCAUCUCCGCCUGGGCGGGGAGGAGGGCUCCCCAAGGGGCACCUCUUCUGCCAGCACAGGAGGAAGACAUUGCUCAGACAGGCUUCUAGGGCGAGGGUCCUACAGGAUUAGAUCCCCUUGGCUUGAGAUGGCAAGUCCCAACAACCACCGGUUUCUCCCAGCCCAGGCAGGCAUCUUCCUCCUCUGGGUUGCUCUGCACUUCAGCACAUGGACCUCUUGUAUACUGGCAGAGCCUGGGCCCAUUUCAGGAGCAGUCCUCAUCCCCAGCAGCUCAGCGAACAGCACGAACAGCACAAGCAUGAUGAACCUCACAUGCCAGAGCUUCCAGUGUUCCGGGGAGCGAUGCUACCAUGACGAAGCUCAUGGGAACAACACAGAGACCUGCCACAACACAACACACUGUGAGCUCUUCCGCCUCAACACUACCAGCUACACAGCCCGGUGCAGCAGUGAGUGUGGGGGAAUCAACGGCACGGACAUGUGCAUGCAGAAUGGCACCAUCCGCAUGAACUUGUGUUCGAUGGAGUGCUGCAGCUCCCCAAACUGCCUGCUCCUCAACGCUACAGCCUAUGGUGACCUGCCGCCCACCACCACGCCGGCGCCCACCACUACCACCACCAAAGCACCCCCCAAAAAUGGGAAAGUCUGCUCAAGCUUCACCUGCCACGGAGAAGGAUGCUACAAGGGACAGAAGCAUGCAGCCGGCUGCAUCGUGGGCUUUGAUUUUUGCGAGAUGAAGAAAACCGGCCCCCACUUUGUGGCUGGAUGCAGCAAAGUCUGCAAAACGGCUGGCCCACCCUGCUCCGCUGGGUCCAAGGUGCCCUGCUACCAGGAGUGCUGCCCGGCGAUGCCCAAGACCAGCUGCCUGAAGCUGGAUGGCAAAGUGCACUUCAAUGGGGCCAAGCAGGUGGCAGUCCUCACCCCCCUGCUCCAGCUGCUGGCGUGUGCGGCCGCCCUUAGCCUGAACUAUGCUCUCCUGUUCUCGGCCGGGCACAACUGAAGCUGAGCUGGCCUGUUUGGGUCCUUAGGUGGUGGCAAAAAAGCAACUCUCCCUUCUCUGUGUGUCUCUCUCUCUCUAUGCCUUGGGGAGUCCACUUGGUUUGGGCCUUUCUCACGAGGCAUCCAGCAAAUGCCUCCCCCCCCCUUCCCUCCUUUUUCUUCCAGGGCCAAGUGAUUUAUGAACAUUUGGGCUGUGUGAGCUUGCGAUAAAGGGUGAUAUAUAAAUCGAAUAAAUAAUAACAAUAAUUUAGCUCAGACCUACAUAAUCAAGAACCACUUUCCCUCCCUCUGCCCUGUUCUGAAAGAUGGCAGGAGAUCUGAGCUGGAGUCAGC